GUAUAUCCACCAGAGGUUUUCCAUGACGAUCACGAUUUCAUGCUGACUCCCGAACAGCAAGCAAUACUGCAUGGUAGAAAAGCGUCUUCAAACCUUACCGCAUACUGGAGCGACGAUGGUGGCUUCCCUCUUAUUCCCUUUGCCUUCUAUGAUGCAUAUGUCAACCGAUACAAAGUUUGGAUGGCUAUCUUGGAGUGGGAGCAAGCAACUUGCAUUGACUUUGUGGAAGUGUCUACAGGGUACAGUGGCCCGCACCUGAAGAUACAGAGGCAUGCUGAUGACUGCAGGUCCUUCAUUGGCAUGGUAUCCACAACUGGUCAAGAUUUCUAUAUUUCUGAGGAUUGCGAAGGUCAGCAUGGCGAACUGCUACACUUGCUUGGGUACGCUAUCGGAUUCUGGCCAGAGGAGACUCGCUCAGACCGUAAUCAUUAUGUCCAGAUUAAUAACGACAACGUUCUGGCAACUGUGGUGGACAACUUCCCCCUUAAUUCUGAUAACAACUACAGCGUACCGUUCGACUACUGUUCCAUCAUGUUUCACCACGAGCGGGCUUUCACGAAUAAUGGCGGAAUAACAAUAGCCACAUUAGACCCCUUAUACCAAGGGGUUCUUGGACAGCGCUCUCAGAUGUCUCACAUGGACAAACUGUUGGCAAACACUAUGUACCAGUGUGCGGACAAGUUGUUGAGCAAGUGUUCGCUGGGCAGUGAUCCUUGUUCGAACAGUGGAUACCUGGACAAAUCAUGUAGCUGCAUAUGUCCGGACGGUACAAGCGGGACCUACUGUGAUACUGUCACUUCUGCCUAUGGUGGACAGUGUUUAUCAUCAUAUUCAGAGACUAUUACCUCAGACACUUCCAUCUCGUCACCGAGUUCACCAGCUUCACCCUCAGAAAUAAAAUUUACCAAGGUCAUCAAGGCCCCGGAAUGCUAUCUGGUAAGGGCAAGCUUCACAAGCUUCAGUAUCUACCAGAAGACGAACCAUUAUGUCACCGAUUCAACUCUACUAAACAUCUGCUGGUAUGACGGCCUAGAGAUACGAACGGACGACAUGUAUGAUGGUAGUUGGUACUGCGGGACCGAGCUCAAUGGACAGAAUGUAACUUCUACAAGCAAUGAGAUGAUUCUUUACUUCAAAUCCAAACUGAACUACAUGCCGGGAUGGACAGCGAAUAUUGCCUUCAUAGAAGACCCUGCUUGCAUAACCAGCACCUCUUCCACCUCCACUAGCACGGCUACUUCAACAUCAACCACAACACCUUCCUCCGGUGAUUGUACAAUCAUUAUAUCAGCUGAUACCGUUUCCUUCCAAUCCCCAAAUUAUCCAAGUCAUUAUCCAAAUAACAAGGUCUGCACACUUCCAACGACAUCAAUGGCUGAGCGCGGCCAUCGCCUCGGGCACCGAGUACCGCCUCCCGAGCCUGCUCUUCCUGGCCACCUUCUCGAGCGACGGAAGUCUGGCGAGCUCCGGCUUCUCGCUGUCCUUCCAACUCUCCUCCACCGGAUGCCACAAGAGUAGAACAGCAUUUGACGCGAAAUCCGUGAUAACUAGUCCAAGAUAUCCUCGAGCACAUGUAAAAGCGGGAACAUACUGUGAAUAUAGAAUUGCG